AUGAGACGUCACGCCGGAGGCAAGCCUUUUACAUGCGAUCAGUGCGGAAAUAAGUUCAUGCGUAAAGAAUCGCUCGAGUACCACGUGAGGAUUCACACCAGAGAGAAGUGUUUUAAGUGUCGUCAGUGUGGAACGAGGUUCAGCGACAAAAAUCUCCUUAAGGAUCAUGUAAUAAUAGCUCACGCUGGAGAGAAGCCUUUCAUGUGCGAACACUGUGGAAAGACCUGCUCAAACCAAGCGAACCUUGAAAUCCACAGGAGAAUUCACACCGGAGAGAAGCCUUACACGUGUGUCCAGUGUGAGAAGAGCUUCACGUAUCAGAGAGACCUGAAACGUCACGCGCAAACUCACUCUGGACAGAAAGUCAAGGAUUCAGAGUGUUACGGGAAGGUUGGGGAGAACCACCUGCGCGCUCACUCUGGAGGAAGACCGUUUCUGUGGUUUUAG